AUGCGCGAGGAGGCAUGGCCUCGGCUGCUGUCAUCUUCCUUAUUGUUACCACCUCACAGAGACGGGGUUCAGGCUAGUUUGCUAGGUUGCAUGCACUUCCUUCAAAAUAAGCAAAUAUCUGUGUGUGCUUAUGGUGUACCAAGCACUACCCUUCACCUCCUUUCACCCACCUGCGGACCCCAUUCAAGUUCCUCACCAAUUUCCAGUUCAAGAUCCAGGUAUAUGUCUAGUUCCAGUUCUAGUCCUAUGUCCAGUUCCAGCUCCAGUAGUGAAUAUUCAGAAAUUAGCUUAUUAAUGUUUGAAAGCAUAAGUGAAGAAAGCUCAUCGUUAGACUCACCAUCAGAGGCCAGGCAAGAAAUGCAACAUAGGACCUUUGAUGAAGAUGACUCUUGGCCCUUCCCUAAUCUUGUUCAGUUUUUCAUCUUAAAUGAAGAUGAUCACGACAAACCUACAGGACUCAACAUAGCACAGAUUGAGAACUUGGCAGUAAGAACUUUUGGCCAAAUUGAUUCAUUAACAACCUGUUCUGUUUGCAUUACAGAAUACACAGAAGGGAACAAGCUUCGCACACUACCUUGUUCCCAUGUAUAUCAGGCCCACUGCAUUGAUCGCUGGCUGCCUGAGGACUCUACCUGUCCUAUUUGUUGCUGUAAAGAGAUAGACUCUAGUUACAGAGAAAAUUCUAGCUGA